UACUGGAGCUGGAGGAAAGACACCAGACAACCCCUCCUCUCCCUCAUUUACAUCUUCCAGAUUUUUACACUUAGUAGAUUGUUUUACUACUAGGAUAAUUCUCUAAUGUGGGUCCUUUGAUGAACUGAGAGAAGAUGGCAGACAAAGAUAUUGACUUUAUGCAAGCCUGUGGAUCUCUGUCAGAGCCCAUGGAAAAACUUGAAGCAUUACUUAUUGAGGAAGAAGAUGAAGACUACUUUGAAGACUGCCUGGAGGAGAUUGAGGCUGCCCUUACAUUUCCUGGCGCUUCCAUGACCUAUGCAGCAACAAUUCAGGAAUCUCUGCAGACUGAAUUCAAUGGACUCAUGAGGCAGAUGUUGGCACAGCUAGACAACUUUGAUGCCACCCAUGAGACCAAAUCUACUUCACCAACGUGUUUCACAGAAAGAGAGAAUAUGUUAGUAAGAAAUGACUUUAAGGACACUGGUGAACGUGAAGGCUGCUUUUCAAAGAUAUCCAUGGCAAUAGAUGAACCUGUAUUCAGCAUUGUUGAAGCCAGUCCAGCGCCAUCUACAACCAUAGGGAUAAAGGAGCUUGGGAGAGCACUGGAUGACUGCAUUGAGGAGGUGAGCCACUUAGAGAGCAGAAGAGAUGAGCUAGUGAAAGAGUUCCUGGAGUUGGAAAAGCCAAUGUUAGAGGAGGUGGAGGCUUUGAGAGCUGAACUGGGAGAUGCCCAGAGCCUCCUGUCCAAGGCCAGGCUGGAGAGGCAGGGUCUGCAAGAGGAGAUGCGUUUGCUCAAACGGAGCUUGUUUGCUGCUGCAAGGGACUGUGCACAGAGCCAAGUGGCCUUGCUGAUACAACAGAAAGAAGUGGAACAGUUCAACCAAGCACAGGAAGAGAUGCAGGCCCAUAUAGGGAAGCUGACUGAAGAGAUAACCCAUCUUAAUUUUGAACAUCAGAGCCAGCUGAAAGUCCUGCAAAAUCAGAAGGACAGCAUUACCCAGGGGUCCAGCAAGGACAUAACACGCUCAUACCUGUCCCAGGGGCGACGGGCCUCUAUCGACCUGCAGCAGUACCUCCAGGAGGGCAUCAAAUCACUCGAGGAGUGGUAUGAGCCACGGCUGGUGGCCUUACUGAAGAGACGAGAGGCCAGUGCUGAUGCUUUGAGCAAGUCCAGGGAACUGUGCCAGGAACUGAAGGCUCAGCUGGGACCGCUGUUUGACGAAGAGAAGAGGCUAGCACUGCAGAGGGCCCGUCUGGAGGAGCGCAUCCGUCUAAUGGAGAAGCAGAGGAAAGAAAACGUGGAGCAAUACCGAGAGACAAUAGAUCUUCUAGAGGAAAGUAGCAGAGAACUGAAAACUGAGCUUCAGAUCAAAAUAAAUAAGAUCAAAGAGAUGGAGACGCUGAAGAAUGGACUGGCAAAACAGCUAUACUUCUAUAGAAAGAGCACAGAGGGACAGCACCAAGACAUCCUAUUGAUGGGAGAGAAAACUUGAUCAGUAAAGAUUAAUUUCCAUUUGCAUUAGACACACAAAUGUCAAAAAGCUUUUUUCUACACUAUGCAGAAUAAUCACAACUGUUUCAUUUUUUUAUGUAAACAAUGCCUUAUCAAGCUACCAGAUUAUAAACAUGCAUGUGGAUGCUCUGUACAAAUACUCAUAAGUAGCCAGUGGGUAGCAUGAAAAAUAUACCAGGACUCAAUCUCUUCACAUCCAAGAGAUGUGUAGCAGACUGUCCAGCUUUUUGCCUAACCAUUUACCCCACUCAGAAUUGACAGCAAAGUGAGUCAGACAGAAGAGAAUACAAGUAUGAGCGCUGGUGAUUAGCCUUUUUAACCAUAAGGCAAGAGCGAGAAGAUGGGAGAGAACAAGGACAUAUUUGGGCAUCAAGCUGAAACGCUCACAUGCUGACAGAAUGAGGCUGGGCAGGUUUAGAUACGCAGCUAUAAGAUGGAUGAAGCACUUUAUUACCAGUAUGAACAUAAACAAGAAUUAAAUAAACCAGAUACAUUUUGA